UGAGAAUGUCGUCAAAGUAAUAUUAACAAUAAUUAAUAUUAUUGAAAUAAUAACUUGUCGUGUUAUUUAAAAAACAUAUUUAAAAAAUAUUUUUUAAAAAAACAUAAUUAAAAAGUUUAAUCAUUUUUGAUUGUCAUCUUAUCAGUUUGGAUCAACAAAAAAAAAUAAUAAAAAGAUGGGUUUUAAUGAUGACAAAUAAAAUUAUGCAUAACUUGAGUACAUACAGACAGUGAUUAAAGGUAUCGUACCUUUCUAUAAUUUACUGACCUUGGUUUUAAGAUUAUUAAAUAAUAAAAAAAUAAAAAAAAAAAAAAAAACGAAUUGAGGGAAUUGCAAACCUUCACGGGAGAAUGGAAAUCUAGCAUGAUACAUAAUCCUUCGUGUAUUGUGAUUUUAUUGGGAUAAAGUAAACAGGAGAUGGAACACAAGUCUUCAAAUAAGUAUCAACGUGAAACAAUUAAUUCGCAGUCUUCAUUCUGAUUUAACUGGAUAAACAUCAGCCAAAAAAAAAAAGUUACAAUAAUUUUGUAUCUCAGCAUUAAUAAGCUUUAAUUCAAAAUGAAACAUAAUGAAGAUUUUUAUUAUGAGGUGGCAAUGAAAUUGGCUCUUGAAGCAGGACAGGUUUUAAAAAGUUCAAUAGUGGCAACUAAAACAAUCAAAGAAAAACAAGGUGAUUGGGAUCUUGUUACAGAAUAUGAUAGAAAAAUUGAAGACAUUAUUGUGGGAAAAUUGAAGAAUGAAUUUCCAGAUCACAAAUUUAUUGGAGAAGAAUCAACUGGAGCAAAUUUGCCUGAAUUAACAGAUGAUCCAACUUGGAUUAUUGAUCCAAUUGAUGGUACCACAAAUUUUAUACACGGUUUUCCUCAUACUUGUGUUGUAAUUGGUCUAUCAAUUUCCAAAGAAAUGAAAAUUGGAAUUGUUUAUAAUCCAAUACUUGAACAAUUAUUUACAGCAAGAAAAGGAACUGGUGCAUUUUUAAAUGGUGUACCAAUUAAAACUUCAUCAAUUAUUGAUAUUUCAAAGGCUUUAAUUUGCUUGGAACCAGGAUUUCUCAAAGUCGAUAAUUUAAAAAACAAAAUGAUUAAAAGAAUUCAAUUGAUUGCCAAAGAAACACAAGGAAUUAGGACUCUUGGAUCAGCAGCUUUGACCCUUUGCUAUGUUGCCAUGGGAGUUGUUGAGGGUUAUCAAAUUGAGGGUCCUGGUAUAUCAACUUGGGAUAUUGCAGCACCAUCAAUUAUAAUAUCUGAAGCUGGUGGUGUUGUUGUCGAUCGUAUAACUGGUAAAAAAGUUGAUAUUAUGAAUCCACGAGCUAUUGGUGCAUGCAAUGAUAAAAUUGCAAAUGAAGUUAUUAGAAUAAUUCAAGAGGCUGAUCGUCAAGCUGAAUUACAUCAUUAAAAAAAAAAAAAACAAGGAAUAUAUUUACAAAAUAAUUCUUACAUAUUUACAUUCUUUAUCUGUUAAAUUAUAAUUACAAUAAUAAUUCUCACUCAGUAAUAAUAUGUAAAAAAAAAAAAACAAAGAAAAAAAGCAAUAAAAUAAUAAUUGCUUUGUUGAUGUUAAUUAAGAAAUGAUGAUAUUAAAUGACUUACUUGUGGGCCCAUAUUUGGAGGCAUUUGUCCAGGAUGAGGUGGAUAAUUUUGUUGCUGGGGUCCUUGUUGUGAUUGUUGAGGAGGGCCUUGUUGUUGUUGUUGGGAAGAUGAAGAUUGAUUAGACAUUGAUUGUGUAUUUCCAGGGGGUGGCCCACCAGGAUAACCCUGAGUUGGACUUUGUGGAUGAUGAUGAGGUGGACCCAUUUGACUACCUUGGGGAUUUGAUGGUGAUUGUUGUUGUUGUUGUGAUGAUGAUGAUGAGGGUGGACCCAUUGGACUUGGUGCUUGUGGUGGUGGCAUAGGUGACAAUUGUGGCGAUGGACUCGCCAUGUUGCUCCUAUCAACCUCCAGUUUAUCUCAUAAAUUUAAUUAAUUUCAGCAUCUUAAUCACACACAAACACAUUCACACACAAUAAUGAUUUCAAAUUCAUCUUGGUAAUUUAAAAAAAAAUUUAUUUUUAUUAUUUAUUUGCAAUUUUAAUAUAACUCUUUUUUUUUUUUUUUUUUUUUUCUGAAUUGAUUAAAGAUUUAUAAUUUAUUUUUUUUUUCCUCGUUUUAUGUUUUUAUUAUUUAUUUUUGAUUAUUUUAUCAAACACUUUUUUUUUAAAUAAAUAAAAUAAAGACAAGAGACGGGUAGGGGGGCGUUGAAUAAUCACUCAAUGAGGGGAG